AUGAAUCCUGAUGAAAUAAUUAAUGAUAUACGACAGAGUUUAGUUCUCCCGAAGGAGAUAUUGAGUCUCCACAGAAAUGAAAUCACAGACGAUUACAACAUCAAAGUACGAAGUGGUUUAGUUGACGAUAGUUCAAUGUUGUCCUGUGGGUGUUGCAUAUCUGAGAACCUUUACACAAAACUGCAAGCUCUAAUGGGUGGUAGUGGUAUACGGUGUCCCAACUGUCAAUCUGUAGAUGUUACCAUGGUUGGUGCCGUCCAGCCAUUAAGGAACAUUUCUUCACUGUUACAACUUUAUCAGAGGAACCCUAGAGAAUCUGGUAAUGAUUUUGGACAAUCUAUUCACUCUGAUAAGCUCACUACAGAUGAUUCCGCUACUACUCAUAAGUCUUUAUUGAUCCCGGAAAAUGCUAGUCUUGCAGCCACGGGAAUACCGUCUCAGUAUGAAUCCAGUAGAAGUGAGAAUUUUGGUAGAUCUCCAAAUAAGCAGUAUUCAUUGUUAUCACUUUUCCAUGCAGUAGCUACCAGGCUCAACAACGAGAGCUUGGAAAAUAGUUCCUCUACAGAUCCUAUGAAUCAGCCACCAGUUGGCAUGGCUCUUGAAGGUAAUGAUAGGGAGUUGGGUAGCGCGGAAGAUUUGAAAGUCCUAGAUAAUGCAUCAAAUACGAGAACCAUUCCAGUAUCCCAGGAUUCAGCUACAGGGUCCAUUAAAAAUGAUUUACAAAAUUUGACAGUGUCUGUGAGUACCAAUGAAGAAAAAGAGUACUAUUUUGCCAAAUGCUUUCCAGUAUACAGGAGGCGAACGCAAUUUAAUACCCACCAAAAGUUUUUAAAAACUAAAUCUAAACUUUUUGUGAAUAUGGCGAUUUCACCAGACUGUACGAAGUUUGCAUUGGUUACAGAACAUAGCUGGGAAGUUUACGAUAUUCCUAAAGAAAUUUCAAAGCAGAAUCCAACUUUACUCUUCUGUGGAAAAUCUACUGGUGAAUAUGGUCCUGAUUUUGAUAAUCUGCGGUAUCCAGAGGAUAAACAGGUACUCUUAUCGAAAGGUGAAAAAUCGCAGAAUGGUUCUUGGGAACACUAUUACUGUAAACUAUCCAAUGAUUUCCUAGUCAUUUCGGGUACUAAAAGAAGACUGAGGAUAUUUGAUUUAAACCAAGGUGGUCAGCCUGUAUAUUCCUAUUUGUCGAGCUUCCCCAUAAGAUGUAUCGAUAUUGAUCCCAACUCCAAUCUAUUAGCCUGUGGAAUUACCGGUAAGGAUAGAAAUACAGGUUCAGAACAAGCAUUGAUUGCUUUUCAUAGCAUCACAAGAAAUAAAGUCACGUCAGAACCGGAAUUUCUCUCUCCAUUUACCAUUACAUUGCCCUAUAGAGAUCCGAUAAACACCAUACAGUUCUCCAACGACGGUUUAUACCUUUCAUGUUCCACAGCACUUGAAUCUCGAUUUCUAGUUAUUUCAUUAAGGAAAGUUAACGAACCAAGACUUGUGAUGAAAAGUUUAAGAUCCAUCGACACUUCGAUGGAAUCUGAAGGCAUAACUGAUACCAAGUUAUUCCCUGGAAAUCCCAACUUGAUGUGUGUUACUUCAAUGGCUUUCAAUUCACCCCCAAUUGUAAUUAAUACAAAGAUACAAAAUAUGGAAGGUCUACAGAGUGUAGCUCAACCUACGAUGCUCAUGAGACUAGACGAAUUGGGAUCUAAGAUUCAUAAGUGUGAAAUUUCCCCUAGAAAUGACUCUAUUGCAUUUUUAGAGAGAAAUGGAUCUGUAUACAUCAUAUUUGCACCGACGAUGAUGGAUAAUGAAAAGAGGAGGAUCGUUCUUGUGGAUAUGGUUGCCAAUGCUUACAGAGCCAAGGAAUCUGCAGCUCUGAGGUUUAGCCCUGAUGGACACAAGCUUUUUGUAUUGGAUCGUAAGGGAAUUUUGUACGUAGAGGAUUUUUCCUAUGGAUUGCCACAGGGUCAUGAAGUGACGAAAUGCAAGCAGAUUAAUUGA